GAAUCCUCUGGUAGGGAAAGUUCUUUUCCAGCUCUUCUACUCCUCCACGUGUUUCUUCUCUUAUCCCCCAAUCAUCCUAUAAUUGCCUGGAUUAUGGGCGUUCUUGAUGAAAUCGUCAGCAGAAUCUUCAAAAACUCGGAGGUAUCUAAUUCCCAGUGAAAGUCUACAGGAAUCAGAUGGUGCAAAGUUUUGGAUCAGAGUCUCUGGAUUCAUGGGAAGGAUCCCUGACUUCCUCCGAUGAUGGCUCUUCGGCCAGGUACUCCUGAAGUAGCCAACGAUUUGCUAAAGGUGUCUCCUGAGAAAGGUUGUUUCCUGGAUGAGUCGGGCUCGAGCGACGUUGACGAAGGGUUGCUUGAUGACUUGGAGAUAAAUCCUUUUGAUGGUUUGCCGUACUCGUCACGUUUUUUUCAGCUCCUCAAGCAAAGGGAGAACCUUCCUAUUUGGAAAGCUAAAUAUGUCUUCUUGGAGAGUUUGCUGCACAACCAAAUUGUGGUGGUGUCCGGACGGGCGAAGAGCGGGAAGAGUUCUCAAAUCCCUCAGUGGUGCGCAGAGUUCUGCCUGUCUCAGCACGGCAGCGUGGUGUGUACCCAGGUGCAGAGACAGACCGCCGUUUGGCUCGCCAUGAGGGUAGCGGACGAGCUGGACGUCAACAUUGGACAUGAAGUUGGUUAUGUUGUGCCUUUCGAGAACUGUUGUACCAGUGACACCAUUCUCAGGUAUUGUACAGAUGAGAUGUUGCUGCGUGAGAUGAUGUCGAAUCCCCUGUUGUCCAGCUACGGAGUUAUAAUCAUCGAUGACAUUUACGAGCGCUCUGUACCUACUGACGUCCUCCUGGCUUUCCUCCGAGACAUCCUUUUAGCCAGACCUAAACUGAAGGUUGUGAUUAUCACCCCUCCCGAACUGUCCGGUAAAAUGGUCUCUUACUACGGAAAUGUUCCUCUCAUUGAGGUGGAAAGCACAUAUUCAGCAGAAGUCGUAUACACCUCGGCAAUUCAAAGGGACUAUUUCCAUGCGGCUUUGAGACUCCUUUUCGAAAUCCACCACACACAAGAGAAAGGGGACAUUGUUGUCUUUCUGGCCUGUGAGCAAGAAAUAAAGCAGGCCUAUGAAAUGAUCCACCAGGAGGCCAUGUACAUAAAUCCUAAACUAGGCGAACUGCUUCCAGUCCCGCUCUAUCCCCAUCAAAGCCUUCCGCAGUACUUGCCGUAUGAGGGUCUGGAUUACGGAGGUAAAGACCACAGGAGGAAAGUGGUGCUGACGACCAGUCUUGGCGAGUCCCUCAUCUGGAUGAGCAACAUUCACUUUGUCAUUGAUGUCGGAGUGGAGCGGAGAAAGGUUUACAAUACCAGAAUCCGGGCCGAGUCUCUGAUCACGCAGCCAAUCGGUAGAAUACGAGCUGAGAUGAGGAAGCAGGUCCUGGGCACCUGUCCUACAGGAAAAGUCUUCUGCCUCUACACCGAGGAGUUUGCCCAAAAGGACAUGAAAACAUUUCUGACUCCAAAAGUGGAGGAGUCAAACUUGACGUCGAUGGUUCUGUUUCUGAAGAGGAUGGACAUUGCCGGCCUGGGCCAUUAUGAAUUCAUCAACCGACCUGACCCUGAAAGUCUCAUGCAAGCCUUAGAAGACCUGGAUUACCUGGCAGCCCUUGACAAUGAUGGAAACCUUUCCGAAUUUGGAAUCAUCAUGUCUGAAUUUCCGCUGGAUCCGCAGCUAUCAAAAUCUAUUCUUGCUGCCUGCGAGUUUGAUUGUGUGGAUGAACUGCUGACGCUGGCUGCCAUGGUGACAGCUCCUGACUGUUUUCUGGAUUUAGUCCAUGAAGCUGAUGUCACCAAGCAAAGCAACAGAAGAAAGUUUCUGCACCCUGCAGGAGAUCACUUCACUCUUCUAAACAUCUACAGAGAAUAUGACCAGAUGAAGAUCAUCAAUGCCAGUCAGUAUGACAUUGAGAGAUGGUGCCAGGAUCACCUGCUGAACUACACCGCGCUGGAGAUGGCAUGUGUCAUACGGGCAGAGCUCUUGGACAUCAUGAAGAGAAUUGAGCUUCCUGUGUCCGAACCAGCUUUUGGCUCUGAUGAAAAUGUAAUGAACAUAAAGAGAUCGCUGCUGUCUGGAUACUUCAUGCAAAUUGCUCGAGAUGUUGAUGGCUCCGGAAACUACAUCAUGCUGACACACAAACAAGUGGGGCAGCUCCAUCCCGAUUCUGGGUACUGCCUCAACCACGUCAUUCCAGACUGGGUCCUGUUCCAUGAAUUCAGUGUAGCAGACAGAAGCUGUAUCAGGGUUGCCUCCGAAAUCUCACCAGACCUGUUCAUGCAGUUGGCGCCCCAAUAUUACUUCAGCAACCUGCCCCCUAGUGAGAGCAAAGAGCUACUGCAGAAGGCAUCAGACUCUACUCCUCAGGACCCUGAUGACGACGCAGCAGAGACUGAUGAUGAAGAGGAAGGUCUAUCUGCUAAUCCUCCGGAACAAAGAUGUAAUAUACAGUAACCCCCCCCCCCCGCCUGAUAAAGAAGGCGUCAAACAAGUGCAAUAUGUGUUGGAAAGACACUGAAGACUUUAAUGACUGUGAAUCUGACAGCAGAUCUUUGUUACAACUUUAGAAAUUCACUUUUUGUAUAUUUUUUUAUGUUCUAUUUUUUUUUUGUCUUGGUAAAAUAGUAAUAAAAUAUAAAUUCUGUUUCCUAAUGCUGAAGUGUUACUCCGGCUUCAGAGACCAACCGGGAGCUGGGGAGCCCCCAUAAUGAACCAGUACAAAAACUGCAAAGUGUUAUAUUGCAGAGGGCAGAUAUCAAUUACACUGACAGAUGUUCCUUGAACUUCUCCAUGAUA